GGCAGCGGAAGCCUGCGCGGCGCCUGGCGAGAGCCGGCGGCUGGGGCUGCUAUUCGGCAAGUAAGCCAUUUUUCAUGCCAGCGCCUUACCCGAAUUGCUUCCCUCCAGGAACAUCUGUCUGAAGACUGAAAAGCGCUUUUUUCUUACGGUUCAGAUGACAUCAUGGUGAGUUUGUUGGUGAACCAAAACUACAUGGAAAGCUUGCGGAAGGACAUCACGGACCUCCAAGGGACUGUCAUUAGCGUCUUCUCCCACGCUGGAGCGGUGCGCUUUCCUUCCUGGAAAUUUCCAGAUAAAGUCUCCUGCGACUUGGACUUGGUGGCUUUGAUGGGACAAUAUGACUUUGUGGAGAACGACCCUGAAUUUACGCAGCAUUCGCACGUGGUUCUUCUGGAACUAGUGAUCGACAGGUAA